AUGACGAUUGCGGUGACGGAUCAGACGAAGUUAGUAGACUGUGACAAGCCCUGCGAUCCGUGGAUGUUUAAGUGCGCUGCAUCUGGAAAAUGUAUUCCGAAACGGUUCACAUGUGACGGGGAUGAUGAUUGCGGUGAUCGAUCCGACGAAGCAGAUAGUGUUUGCAAAAAUCCGGCCCGAAACUGUACAGCAGAAGAAUUUCGAUGUACCAAUCAUAAAUGCAUACCAAAAAUGUGGAAAUGUGAUAAUGACGACGACUGCGGCGACGGCUCAGAUGAACCACCGGAGUGCAUCAAUUCGGAAUGCAGGAAGGGAUGGACCAGAUGCUCAACUUCAUAUAGGUCCUUAACAUUUGCUUAA